AUGAAUGAUAUUACAAUACAUGGUGAUCCUGCUUAUAUCAAUUACAAGUUUGAUCCAUUCACAAUUCCCGUACUGGCUGCAUGCAUUCCACUGGCAUAUUUGGUGCCAACUGUGUAUAUUGUAGUGAAAAUUAUCAGAGUUUAUGUUCAAAAUUUGUUGGGCAAACGAGACGAACGGAUUAAUCCACAUGUCUUCUCAGUUAUUUCACUUCAUUUAGUCCUGGGUAUAUUCUAUUUGCUCACUGACUACUCCACAAUCCGAAUUCCUGCAACUGGUCUAAUCACCUCCUGGUGUGCUUCCCAACAACCCAAUCAUGGACUCAAAAUUCUUUUUUUGUUGUCCGUUUAUUUCAAUUAUACAGCUAUGUUGUUUCCAACACUGAUUUCAGUAUUGAGAUUGAUUCCCGUUUAUUAUCCGGUUAAAGUUGAUGAGAUAAGUGCAAAAAUAGUUCGUAUCUCAACUCCUCUUAUCUUCAUUUACCCGUUUCUGUUCUGCUUCACUUUGAUACCAGCUCUUGGUGAUUGCCGGCAACUUUUGGGUACCUAUCAGUUCGGAGGUAUUUAUUUCUACUGGACCGGUGCAUGGUAUGAGAUCAAACAAGCCACUACUCUCCUUCUCAACUCGGUUGUCUGGCUUACCGCAUCUACCGUAGCCAACAUUGUCCUCUACAAGAAAUUGCAUAAAAUGAGGAAUAAAAGGGAGAGCACCAAACUACAAAGAGCUGAGCACUCGCUCACUUUAAUCACGUUUUCAAUGUUUCCGGCGUAUAUAACUAAUUUUGCGUUUGUGUUCGCCUUCCUCCUCUCGCCCACAUCAUCUGCAUAUCUAAUCGCUUUGAGACCCUACGGAAGUGACGUGGAAUUCGUCUUCGUUUCGUGGAUCUUCUACCUGACUCAUCCGAUAUUCAAAGUACAGAGAACAUCACCGAAGGGCACCGAGGCAACAAGAGUCCACAUGAGUCAGAUAACAUUUUGA